AUGAAGUCAACAAUUAGCUGUAUAGCCGUUCUCCUUCAGGCCGGCCUCGCAUUCGCCAAGCCGUAUCCUGAUGGAUCGGAUCAUGUCGCGAGACAAGUAGUUGGCCCGCCCGGGAUUUCAGAAUGUCUCUUCGAAAAUGAUGCACCCCCAGUCGGUCCACCACCCAGCAAUCCUAACAUUGACGUCCUUGGCUUUUGCUCGUCAUAUAUUGCCCCCACGAAAGUUGUCACCAGAACCGUUCUAUCCACAGCCUUAGUGACGGCUACCCAAAUCACAACCGCUAAAGUUACAUUGACUACAACCAGAAUCUUGACUACUUCGUCCUGGACAAGUACUACAACGACUACAACGACCACGACCAAAUCCCCGACGGUGACAGGUCCGAGUCCGACAGAUAGCGGGCUAUGUCCCACUCCAGUUACUAACAUGAACUGCGGCAUUGCUGGUUGGGGUUAUGCCACCAACAAUAUAUACACUGCGCAGCCGAUAAAAGCUACCACUUGUCACCAGCUAUGCCUGCAAGCCCCUGACUGCCUUAGCUUCCAGGUCAUGCAGGAUACCAACGACGCUUCCCCACAGUGUAACUUGUAUAAAGUCCCUGCCACCGCAGAAAAUAUCAUCCCUGGAGCUGCCUCGCCAUAUCUAUUCUACGAUCGAAACUGCCUGGAAUACUCGCCUUCGAACUGUAAAUCAGCGCGGAACCUUGCUCGAGCUGAAGCGGUCGGGACGCCUUGGUUCCUCACCAACGUCCCUCGGGAGACAUUGAGCGCUAUCUGUUCUUGCAUAGUUACUGCUCCCCCACCAGGGACUACCGUCACCGAGACUCGGUCAAGAGGAGCCACGGCUACUACGACGAUCGGAAAAACGACAACUGAAUUCUACACUGUGACAAAGACGACGACUAUGUGGGGCUGA